AUGUUCGGGUCCAUUCCUUUCAAUCCAGGAGCUCAAACUCCACAGAAACCAAGGCCGGAUGGAGGCCAGCCUCCCCAGCCUCCUCCCCCUCCUCCCUCAGCCUCCAAAACCCCUCGAGCAUCUGCGCGUACAGCUGAACAGAAGGUCGAUAAUGUCCUUCAAGCUAUAACAGACAAUAACCUCAACCUCGCCACGUUUUUGUACCUCCUCUUCCGGCUCGAGAAGCGUGAUCCCCGGAGCAAAGGUGGCCUGGAUGGAAUCAAUCCUUUCGACAAACUCCCUGCCCAAUCCGAUCCUAAUCGAGCCACGCGAAGCGAGAAGCAUCAACGUAUGCUCACAGCAUUCUUUAAUGGCACCUCAAAGCCGCACCUUGGGGUAAUAUUAGCAGAGAUUUGGAGAAAUGCUCGAGAGACAGGAGACUCCCCAGCAACGACACACCCCUUCGAAGAUAAGAAGCCUUUCACGGAAAUUCCCCUUGCCAUCAAAGCAUUUGCCACAUUUGCGAGUCGUGCCGUCAUAGAUAUGGUUGGAGAAGAAGCUGAGCGGAUGGUAGAGAGGAGGUCAGGCUUGCAUAUCCGUGCCCAGCUGAAGGAAGGAGGCAGAGGGAGCCGUGAAGACGAGAGAGCUAGCUGGGCAAAGAUAGAAGACUUCAGUUUUGAGAAGGGUGCACAGAUUGCGAAGGAGAACGCACCGGUUCUCUGGAACUGCAUGCUAAAGUUCACGGGUUACAAUGAAGAAGAAGAUCAGGGCCCGGUAAUUAAAUACCGUCCGAAGCGACUGGUUUGCACUAAUGCUAUAAUGUCACUCGCCUUUGCGAAAUCCAAUCGUGCCAACCUCAUUCCUUUAUGUCGAGGUAUCUGGAUGUUUUCGGCGCUUGCACCAAAGACGAUGUUCCGUGUUGAGAGCCGACUCGGAAUGUCCGUUUCCUACUCAUCCACCCAUCGAGCCCUCAAAAACAUGUCCAAAGAACAAGGAAAGGAGAAGAAACGCGACCACGGUCUGGGGAGGGUUAGUGAAAUGGUCAAAGGAAUGGCGGCAACUGCAAUACAGAUGGAUAACAUCGACCCAGAAGCUUUCAACCUGACAAACCUGCUUGAACGACAGGCGAAGAACGAACGACGCACAUUAACAGCUGAUAUGAUACUGGACGAUAUCGAUUGGACGCACCUUGAACGAGUAGCCGCCUACCAAUUCCUCUCCGUCCUCAUCCAUCAUGUACCCUCGCUUUCCAACUCCGACCAUCGAAAACACCUCAAACAGUUCUCCGACAGUGGCCUAAAGAAGUUCGAGCGUCCGAAGAACUUUCAGUCCAAGGUAUAUCCAUUGGCGACGAACAGUGCAGACGAGAUGAAGGUUCAGGAGCUGAGAGAAGCAAUCAUUGAUUUCGCAUCCACUCAGCUCGGCAUAACGGAGGAAACCAUCGACAAUCGUUGCUGGCCCUUCUCCGGCGAUGGAAAGACAUUUGACGCCUUUCUUCGCCUGCGGAAGCAGUCUUCAGUUGAAGAGCUUACCUUCGAAAGCUUUGGUUGGAUGAUCCCACUGCUGGAGGUGUGGCAUGCCAAAUGGACUGACUUAUCGCGGGUCGUUCGAGGACAUCACGGCGACAGCACCGACCCAAGCUCUUUGGCCUUCUUCGCUCAGCUCACCGGUUGUCCCCAGCCAGCCGAUCUCCGAAAGGUUGAUUUUUACGAUGGCCAGCACCUUGUGAAUCUUUCAUUUGAGGCAUUGGUGUUGAAUGUAUGGGAGCAGGAGUUCAGAACAACCGACCUCGUACAACACUUCGAACACAUGAGUACCCUCCCUCCCUUUGGGGAUCUUGUCUCUCGCGCCAGACGGCUGUCUCAUAGCCACGCAUCUUCACAAGCCUAUCAAUUUGUGUCUACUCCUUCCCAAUCCAUGAGGAAUCCCGGCAUACCUGUUGGCACUGAGUGGACAACCUCCGAAGAGAUACAAUCGACAACUCCAGCAAAUCCUGCUCCCAAUCCGACACCAGAUACGGGACCAGCGACAAGUGAUCUUCAAGACGAGGGAAUUGCGAUUCCAGACCCCGACCCACUCCCGGUUCCCCAGCCGCCCGAUACCAGGGAAAGCGAUAAGGCUGCAGCCAAUAUCACUUUAUUUUUACGUGACGCGCUGUGGUGGCGGGAGGUCUGCCUUGCCGUUUCCGAGGGUGACACAGGUCGAUUGCUUGAAAUGUUCAAAGUUUGGAUCUUCACAUUUGCUGGGAGCAAGAACCCAUUCUAUUCAACCUUCCUUCUCGAGAUUUACUGCAACUUCAAAUGGGAAUUCUCCCCGGAACUCCGACAUGCGUUGAUGUUCUAUUGGCUGGUUAAUUUGAGUGGUCUUCCGGGUUGCUAUAUCGAACUUGACCUUUUGCAGGAGCAUUUUAAUUUCUGGCUGGAGGAGAUGGUUCAGCACAAGGGGAAGUCCUUCGAUGAUCCUUUCUACCGCGAGGUUGUCGCCCGAAACAUCCACCACUUCCUUAAACUGAAAGAUGAAAUGGAACAGAGGGUCCAACUGCAGGCACGGACAAAACGUCACACCAACCCAAAGCUCGACAAUGAACGGAAUCUUCUCCUCAGUCAUAUACGGCAAUUCCAGUUGAACAAAUAUCGAGCUGGACGGACAUACGGGUUCUCGGUUCAAGACGAUUUUUCCGUCGGGCACGACAAGAUUGUAGACGGCAAGUUAAAGAAGUUUAUUGCGCGGUCGUCCGAAUAUGCUACGCGGCUACAGGCACGCGGGUAUGGAGCUAUCGAGGAAGGGAGCGAGGCAGAGAGGCUUGAGCUGGAUGAGGACCUCGAGUUAGAGGGACGAGGACUUGCGAGACGAGCUGGAGGACAUACCAGUGACAUCACCUCGUCCGCGGAUGGUCUCUGUUGA